AUGAUGAAGGAGGCCAAGGGAGCUGUGGAUCUUGGCAAGUGCAUGCCUCUGAACAAGGCUGCUCUGUUGAAUGAAGCCUCACAGGCCAGUGUUGACAGUGGCAAGGCAGUAACAGUCUUGACCUACCUGCAUGGAGUGAAAGAGUCCAUGGUGGCCAUUGAAUCGAUCCAAGAGGAAGGUUUUGAUAUUGAUUUGAUUGAGUUGCGCUCUUUGAAGCCUCUGGAUAUGGAGACAAUUGAAAAGAGUCUCUCCAGAACACACAAGCUUGUCAUCUUGGAUGAAUCUACCAAGACUGGAGGAGUUGGAGCAACCAUUAGUGCCAGGAUCUCUGAGGAACUGUUUGAUCUUCUUGAUUCUCCAGUGAAGAGGUUGUGUAUGGACGAUGCUCCAGUUCCCUAUGCAUCCAGUAUGGAGAAGGCUGUGGUGAAGAGAGGCAGUGACUUGAUUGAGGGAGUCUUUGACAUUUGCACAGGCAAAUGGUAA